GCGGCUCGUGCUGGAGGCGCUGGGCGGGGCCCGGCCCCUGCCCGGCCUGGUGCGCGGCCUGCGGGACAGCGGCCAGAACCUGCAGGCCCUGGGAGGCCUGAUCGGGGCCACCAAUGCCCGGCUGGGCACCCUCAAGACACGGUUCGAGGGGCUGUGUCUGCUCUCCCUGCUGGUGAGUGAGAGCCCCACGGAGCCGUUCCAGCAGCACUGCCUGGGCUGGCUGCGUGCCCUGCAGCACCUGCUCCAGUCCCAGGACCCUGCCCCCACCAUGGCGCUGGGGGCGGCCGUGCUGCGGGACCUGCUGCUCUACUCCUGCCAGCUGCCCGAGCUGGCACGGGACAUCGCCACCAACCACAUCCCCGGGCUGCUCACCUCCCUGCUGGCCCUCAAACCCGAGUGCCAGCUCUCGGCUCUGGAGGGCAUCAAGGCCUGCAUGACGUGUUACCCGCGGGCCUGCGGCUCCCUCCGGGGCAAACUAGCUGCCUAUUUCCUGUCCCGAGUGGACGCUGAGUCGCCCCAACUGCAGCAGCUGGCGUGCGAAUGCUACGCGCUGCUGCCCUCACUGGGCGCAGGCUUCACCCACGGGCUGAAGCACACGGAGUGCUGGGAGCAGGAGCUGCACGCGCUGCUGGCCACGCUGCACGGCCUGCUGGGAAACCUCUACGAGGGCGCCGAGACCGACCCCCUGCCCUACGAGGGCCCAGGCGUGGAGCUGCUGCUGCCUCCGGCGCCGCCCGACGGGGAGACCAACUUCAUCCUGACCCUCUGCAACCGCUUCUCCGGCCUGGCCAAGUGCCUGCAGCUCCUGCUGAGCAGCGAGUUUGUGGCUCCCGUGACGGUUCCAGUCCAGGACGUUCUGGAUCUCGUGUGCCGGGCUCUGAACAUCUCCAUCAAGAACAUCAGCUGGUUCGGCGACGGGCCCCUGAAAAUGCUGCUGCUGCCGUCUGUCCAUCUGGAGAUCCUGGAUGUGCUGGCGGCCCUGAUCCUGGCGUGUGGGGCCCGACUGGCGCGCUGGGGCAGCGUUCUGGGCCGGCUCUUCCCCCAGGUGCUGGGUGCCUGGAGCAGCAGCAGGGACUCGGUGCCACUGGGCCAGGAGAAGCCCUACAGCGCCGUGCGCACCCGGCUGUACCAGGUCCUGGAGCUGUGGGUGCAGGUGGGCGGGGCCGGCGCGGGGGUGCUGCAGGGCCCCCCCCCACGCAGCGAGGCCCUGCUGGCCCACCUGUUGAGCGACAUUGCACCCCCCACCGACAGCGUCAAGCUGAAAGUGGAGCGCCCCGGCUCGGAGGGGAAGCCCAGCGCCCCCAAGAAGCCGAAGCUGUCGGAGGGGGGUGACGCCCCCUCCCUGCACCGCAAGCAGGACCCCAUGGCCAACAGCGACGUCUGUAAGGCGGCUCUGCAAGUGCUGAGCCGGGCCAUCCUGCUGGGAGGAAGCCUGGUCAAGGAGGAGACCCACAGGAGGCUGCAGGAGCUGGUGGUGCCGCUGCUGCUCCGCCUGGCCCAGGGGGACGUCCCCCCCGGGAGCCCCUAUGCCAGCCCGGCCUGUCGCCACCAGCUGUACCGCCUGCUGCUGGCCCUGCUCCUGGCACCCGCGCCCGCCUGCCCCCCACCCCUGCACUGCGCCCUGAGGGCCUUCACCCUGGGCCAGCGGGACCCCAGCCUGCAGGUGUCGUCCUUCUGCGCCGAAGCCCUGGUGACCUGCAGCGCCCUGGCGCGCCCUCGGGUGCCCUCCCUGCAGCUGCCCUUCCCCGGCCCUGCCCCCUUGGCCGGCCCCGCCCCUGCAGACCUGGCCACCUCCCCCUUCCGCCAGGCCCCGCCCUUCCCCGCCCCGCCGCCCGCCCGCCCCCCGUCCGCCAACCACCUGGGGCUGGCGCCGCCCCGGCUGCCCCCUUCCGCCGCCCCUGGCCUGGCACUGGCGGAGGAGCCCGGGGAGGCGGGCGACCCCCGGGUGCUGGCCCCGUCCUCGCCCGGGGGCGCGGAGGAGGGGGGAGCGGGGCUGGGGGGCAAGCCCCGGCGCCCCGUCUACGUGCACUACGAGAAGGAGGAGGAGUCGGACGUGGAGAUCUCCCUGGAGAGCGACUCUGACGACAGCGUGGUCAUCGUCCCCAAGGGGCUGCUGCCCAAGCCCCCCCCGCCGCCCCCGCCGCCCCCCGAGGAGCCGCCCUCCGCCGGCGAAGCGCUGCCCGGCCUGGGCGAGGAGAACCCGGCCGUGAUCAACAUCAACAGCAGCGAGGAGGAGGAGGAGGAGUUCCCGGAGGACGAGGAGGAGGAGGAGGAGGAGGAGGAGGAGUACUUCGACGAGGAAGAUGAGGACUUCGACGAGGAGGAGGAGGAGGAGGAAUUUGAGGAGGAGGAAGAGCUGGGGGAGGAGGAAGAGGAGGAGGAGGAGUACGAGGAGGAGGAAGGCCUGUCGGAAGAGGAGGAGGAGGAGGAGGAGGAGGAGGGGGCCCUGUCGGAGGAAGAGCGGGCGCCUCCCGCCCCCCAGGAGCUGCCGGCCGCGCCCGGGGAGCCGGACGAUCUCAUCAUGGAGGUAGAGGAGAGCCAGGCCCCCGCUCCGCUGCCCGCCGAGGAGGUGGAGGAGGUGGUGGUGAUGAAGGCUAGUCCCCCGCCCGCCCCGCAGCCACCGCCGCGGGAGGAGGAGGAGCUGCCGCCCACCCCGCCCCAGCAAGCCAGCCCCCUCCAGGCCCCGCCUCCCGCCCCAGAAGAGAUGGGGGAGGAGCCCCCGCUGCUGGAAGCCCCGCCCCCCAUUCUGGAGGAGGACCGGCCCCCCAAGGAGGAGGGGGCACCCCCGGCGGGGGAGCAGGGAGAUGGCGCCGGAGAGGGGGCGCAGCCCAGCCCCGAGCGGGAGCAGCCGGCUGUGAAGGCAGAGGCAGAGGCAGACGAGACGGAGACUAUGCUGGCUGACUUCAUCGACUGUCCCCCGGACGAUGAGAAGGAGCCCCCCGAACCCGGCCCCUAGAGGGUCACCCUGAUUCACCUGCUCACCCUGGGAAUCCCCUCAACCAGGCCCCCCCCUCACUGUGUGUCCCGGAUGGUUCAAUAAACACCCCCCCCCUCCA